AUGGAGUGCAGCCAGGCAGAAAGCCUCAACCCCUUACUCCGCGUUGUCCAUCUAGCCCUGACACACCCAGAAUGUGCGUCCGAGCGAAGGCAGCUGGAAGGCCGCUGCCAUGUCUCCAAAAAUGUCGCGGCGACAGCCAGUCCCCCCGCCGGGUCCUCGGUCACUGAGCUCGCGGCUGCAUCACCAGGCGUGGGAAAACACGCACUGGGUGUUUUUAUAAUGGCUACACAAACCAUUCACGUCUCCCAUGGCCGAGACAACAAGCGUCUGGAAGAUUGCUGCAGGAGGAGAAACAAUGACGGAGAGCCAAGGAGGCAAGCUAACAAGAAGGAUGUCAGCAGACGCGAUCAAAAUCCAGACAAUGGGCUGCUAGUCACACACGUUAACCAGACACAGGACUUGCUGAGGCUGCAGGGGAACGACACUCAGCCUUCAGCUUUGGAGGACUCGGAAGACUGGCUUUCCAUUCACAGUUUAAAGUUUGCAAAACUCACCUUGGCUGACCUGAUUAGCCAGGGCAUGACCGUGCUGGGUGAAGGCAACAGCACAGUCAAGAAAAUGCAGUUCGCCACCGAGACCAUCCACCAAUUUGAAUCAAAGGUCUCUGAAGCUAUUGAACUCUAUCAACAGAGAAUUCAGUGGCUCACGGAAAACAGCAAGAAGGCGUUCGGCUCCAUCAAGGGGACGAGAGUCGGCAUCCUCAUGGACCUGGCCGCUGUCCACAGUGGCCCUCAGAAGGAGGAGUUCCAGAAUGACCUGGAGAGCCUCAUUGAAGAGCAGCUGAGCCACAAGGAGAAGCUAUACGCCCUGUCCUUUGGCACCACCACCAGCUCCCUCUGGCCAGACCCUGUGGAUGUCAACGCCUCCACGCUCCAGGAACUCAGACUGUGGGUGAAGAGCCUGCAGCCUGGCAGAGGCAGCAACCUGCUCCAAGCCCUGAAGAAAACCUUCCCUGUGAAGGGGCUGGAUUCUCUGGUGACCAUAUUGGGAAGCUGCCCAGAUCAGCCUUGUGAAAUCCUGUCUGACUACAUCCAGCAGUGCAUCUUAGGAAGGGGUCUCCUCAUCCACCUCAUCACCUACAAAUGUGACAGUCAGGUGCCCCUGGCAGUCCUGAAGAACCUGGCCAAAGCUGUUGGGGGCUCCUACCACUGCUACAGCCCAGAGACAGAGACCUUUACCAGCCGAGAGGUGGAAGAGCUGCUGGCAGAAAUCCAGGAGGCCCAGAGCAUCAUGGGCCACAUCCAAGCCCUGAACCACAGCAGCCCCUGUAAGGAACUAACCAGCAUCAUGAAGGAGAUUUGCACACCGUUUGCAAAAGGGCCAAUCACAAGUCUUUUGCCUAAACUCCCAAAACAUGAGGCUCCCCUCACCAUUGAGUUCCCAAGCUUGGACAAGACUUCUGCAGAAUGGCUAAAGCUCAAUGGCCUCAGAGCCAAGAAAUUAAACCUUUAUCAGGUUCUGGCACCCAACGCAUUCUCUCCCGUGGAAGAAUUUGUGCCUAUUCUCCAGAAAACGGUGUCAUCAACAAUCCACGAGAAGGCGAUGGUACAGUUUGAAUGGCACGAUGGGACCUUGAAAAAUAUUCAUGUGGAUGUACCUUUCCUCUAUGAGUACCAGAAACAGCUCAACAGAGUUAUGCAGAUGUAUGAGAGGCGGAUUGAGUGGCUGUCCUUGGCCAGCAGAAGAAUCUGGGGCACCGUCUGUGAGAAAAGGGUGAUUAUACUGCUCGAUAUCUCUGCGACAAAUUCCAUGUACAUUAUUCAUAUCCAACACUCGCUGCGACUGCUGCUGGAGGAGCAGUUGUCCAACAAGGACUGCUUCAACAUCAUCGCGUUUGGAAGCACAAUUGAAAGUUGGAGCCCGGAGCUGGUUGCCGUGAACCACAGCAGCUUACAAAGUGCCUGGCGGUGGGCCCUGACCCUGCGGUGUCACGGCAGCAGGAACGUCCUCGGCGCCCUGCGGAAGGCAGUGGAAGUGGACUUCAAGGACAAAGACAAACACCAGUCUCAGGGCAUCUACCUGUUCACGGGGGGCAUCCCCGACCAGGACAUGCCCACGAUCAGCGCCUACAUGGCUGAGGCCUGCGAGGGCUGUGACCUCCAGCUGAACGUAUGUCUCUUCUACGUGGGUGAGCCACAGAUGGACACCAUGCUGCCCGCCUGCUAUGCCAGCCGCACCGACACGGCUGCCGCCUACAGGGAGGUCACCCAGACUGCUGGUGGCCGCUUCCACUGGUUUGGAGACACAGGCAUUUUCGAAAGCGAUGACAUCAGCGCUGUCACAUCUGAGCUGGAAAAGGCUCUCAACUACUCCCAGAAGUGUGCCUUACUAGUGUCCUCUCUGAAGAACCAGUCUGGAAAAGAACUGGGAAGUGCAACCAUCCAGAAAGAAACGCUGAAGAUACUCAAGCAAAGAAAUCAGCCCAAGAGAGCCCAUCCUCCCAAGCCCACAGCCCCCUCGGUGACCAGAGUGAGCGUGAAAGAUGACCCUGACAGAGAGAAGUGCACCCCCUCGAAGGGCUUGGCAUGGCGUCCAGUCAGCGGCAAAGCAGACACCCCUCCAGUUGCUGCCCAGUCAGAGAAAGGAGGGACUGCAGGACAGAGGAGGAAGAACAAAUCCAGGGAAGCAAAGACAUCUCUCUCCCUGUUUUAUACAGAGACAGGGAAUAAUGUGGGGUCAGUGUACAAGAGGUACCCUCAAGGAAGGCGCAUAAGAAGAACUAGCUCUUCUGUUGAGUUGCCCAAAAAAGACACGAUCUGCUCAAGUCAAGAGUGGAUAGCAAAAUAUGGACUAAAGAAACUGAAGCUGGGGAUCUCCAGAUACAUCGGCCCCAAUUGCACGCAUCAAAACUCAGGCCAGAGGUCAGCACCAACCAAAUACUGCAGUGUCUGGCCCAGCAUAGAGAUCAAUGGCGUAGUGAAGCACGUGCAGUGGACGCCCAGGGAAAUGGAAGCUUACAUCGCGUGCCUGGAGAAGGUGAUGAGACGUUAUGUCCAGCGGCUGCAGUGGCUGUUGUCUGGCAGUCGCCGUCUGUUUGGCACCGUAUUGGAGAGCAAAGUGUGCAUUGUGCUGGACACAUCAGGGUCCAUGGGCCCCCACCUGCAGCAGGUGAAGACAGAGCUGAUUCUGCUGAUUUGGGAACAGCUGCGGAAGCAGUGCAGCAGCUUUAACCUGCUCAGCUUUGCGGAGGGCCUACAGCCCUGGCGGGACUCGCUGGUGGAGACCACAGAGGAAGCGUGUCAUCAGGCCAUGCAGUGGGUGACCCACCUGCAUGCUCAGGGGAGCACGUCCGUCCUGCAAGCCCUGCUGAAAGCUUUCAGCUUCCAUGAUGUAGAAGGACUGUACCUCCUGACCGACGGGAAGCCAGACACGAGCUGCAGCCUUAUCCUCAGUGAAGUGGGAAGACUCACGGAGAAGAGAGACGUGAAGGUGCACACCGUAUCUCUGAGCUGCGCAGGCAGGGCAGAGGUGAACUUCCUGAGAAGCCUGGCCUCCCUCACCGGGGGGCGCUACCACUGCCCUGUCAGUGAGGACAUGCUCUCCAAAAUCCACGGCCUGCUGACCAAGGGCUUCAUCGAUGAAAGGGACCCCCCGUUGCCACUCUUUGAAGGAGAUGAUUUAAGGAGAUUGGCCCAGGAGAUCACCAAGACCAGAAGCUUCCUCCGGUGGGCCAAGUCCUUCAGGUCCCAACUCCAGAAGAAAGACGACAUAAGACCAAAGACUGCUCUUUCUUAGAGAAGUGUUCUCAGAUUGUCACUGUCACUGAGCCCCCAAUGGGAUGUACUUCUUGCCACCCUCUGCCUGCUGUUCCUGCUCAUCAAUCAAGGUGCAGCUCAAAUGGCAUCGGCUGCUCUGUGAAGCUGUCCUUGGGACCCACCAAGAGCUGGGAGCUUCCAGUCUCUCCGCCAUAGCAUCCUGACCACACUCCCUCUUUAUAGAGAUGGCACUUAGCACUUAAUGCACUCAGCACUGCAAGUCUUGCCUCCUUGCUCCUUGUCUGACUCUUUUCCUUGACCAUGAACUCCUGCAGGAUGAGGCUGGUGUCCUAACCACCUCUGGAUCCCCAGAACCUGCCACGUGGCAGACACACA